AUGGACUCCAAGAUGUACGAGAACGCGGUGUGUCUGGCGCCGAUGGUGCGCGCGGGAACGCUGCCUUUGCGCUUGUUGUCGCUGCGAUACGGUGCCGAUUUGGUCUACGGCGAAGAGAUCAUUGACAAAAAGAUUGCAGCCACUACCCGAGUUGUCAACGACGUGUUGAACACGGUCGACUACGUGAGUCGCACUGGGGACAGCGUCGUGUUUCGCACGUGCGCGGAAGAGUCGUCCAAGGUCGUGUUCCAGAUCGGCACGGCGUCUGCUGUCCAUGCACUUCAAGCUGCAGAAACCGUCGCGCGCGACGUUGCGGCCGUGGACAUUAACAUGGGAUGCCCCAAGCAUUUCUCAGUGCAAGGCGGGAUGGGCAUUGCUCUCAUGGGAAAACCUGAUGUGGCUGCGGAUAUCGUGAAGACGCUCCAGCGCAACCUCAACAUCCCUGUGUCGUGCAAGAUUCGCAUCAAGUCGACACCACAAGAAACUAUCGAUUUCGCCAAGGCGAUGGAGCUGUCGGGGGCGGCGGCUAUCGGCAUCCAUGCCAGAGAAGCGCAUGAACGACCGAUGGACGACGCCCACUGGGACGCCCUACCACUGAUUCCGUCGGCGUUGUCGGUUCCCGUUCUGGCGAAUGGCGAUAUUUGGACUCAAGCAGACGUUGCUCGCGUACGUCAGGAAACCGGGUGCCAGUCCGUGCUCAUUGCGCGCGGCGCCUUAAGCAAUGCGUCGUGUUUCCGAGCGGCGGGAAUGGUGCCGUACCAAGAGAACGUUGAAUCGUACCUCAAACUUGCGGCGGACACAGACAAUGUGUUCCAAAACACCAAGUACAACAUCAGCCGCAUGUUGCCAGCGAAAGACGUGACCGCAGCCGUCAACGUACACGACCCUCCAUGCACGUUGGCUUUCUCUCGACCUGACUUGUAGGUCGCUUCAAUCGCUGACACCAAAUCGAACGCGGAAAUGUUUGGGCUGUUUGGCCUGCGAGCGUACUACGAGACAACACAAGCUGCGUUUGAAGCCAAAGCGACCGCCGCUGCCCUCCUGCGCCCGACCUACGCCCCGGACAGAGCCUAUGACGACAGCCACAUCACGAAUCGUUCACUGUACUGUGAUCCGUGUGGUGUCCAGCUUCUCAGUGCCCAGGACGUUGCCCUCCACGAAAAGGGCAAGCGACACAAGAAAAAGCUGCGCGCGAUUGCGAGCCAAACGAUUGCAACGGCGCUUGCUGGGUUGGACAACACGACCAACGAUGGUGGCAACCAUGACGACAAUGCCGACGACGAACGUGAGAAUCCGGCUGCAAAGCGGGUCAAGCACACCACCGCAGGCACUCCGUAUGAUGCAGCGGACAAUGCAUGACCCUACGAGCGUCGAGUUGACCUCGACCAAGACGACUCUGUCGCUGUUUUCUCCAUCCAGGCGACUAAAUCAUCAAAACGAUCCCUGUUCAAGUGCACUUGUACAUGAUGCGCAACCAUUCUCGCCCAAACCGGGAUGCACCACCGUGGCAAAUGCGGUCGAGUUGCGUGAGACUUUACCAGGCGUGGGUCGGCAGCGUCGAACGACCUUCUCUGAAAUGACGUCAGCGCCGCGCCGUCUUGAAUAGGACAGUGUAUCGAUCCCGGCGUUGCCCACCGCGUUGGCGCACGUCAAACGAUGCAAACUUGUGCGUCUGGCUGGUCCAGAUGUGAAAACAGAAGCGUACGUGACCGG